AUUUCUUCUUGUGAAUUUCCUGAAACUGAAACGCCACGAAGAGGAGGAAAUAGGCGUUUGAUUUUCUGCUAUGUCGAGCAAAAUGAUAGGUGGUGUAGAAUCCCCAGUACAGAUCCCAGCAACCUUCAAUCAAGCUCAAGUUUUCUCAUCUGCAAGUAGCAUCAUUAUCAGUAGAAAAAUUAGUUGCUCCAAUCGGAACAAGAAUCAGAAUCAUAAUUUUUGCCGUUUCACGUUAAGGCCUCAUUAUGCUUCAUUUUUAACGAGGAAAAAUCCUAAUCCCACUUCAUUUACAGCUUUUGUUAGUAAUUCUUCUUUCGACGCCGCUCAACCACCACCUCCAGACUCUAAACCAAAUCAGGGGGACGAUGCACCUAGAAAGGUACCAGAUGUUCAAACGCUGGUGAAGAGGUUCUGGAAAGUGGCUGCUCCAUAUUGGUUUUCAGAUGAUAAAACCCAGGCGAGAUGGCGGCUAGCUACUGUUUUUGCCCUUACUUUAGGAACCACUGGAAUCAGUGUUACCUUCAAUUUUCUCGGCCGUGACUUUUAUAAUGCCCUUGCAGACAAGGAUCAAGCACGGUUUACCACGCAACUGUUGUACUAUCUUGUUGGUUUUGCUGGUGGAAUUCCGGUAUUUGUUCUGAGAGAUUAUGCAAAAGAUACUCUUUCUUUGCGAUGGAGAUCUUGGAUGACAAGCUAUUACAUGGAUCGCUAUCUAAAGAAUCGGACAUUUUACAAAAUACAAUCUCAAUCAAUUAUUGAUAACCCUGAUCAACGGAUUGUUGAUGAUUUAAGUUCCUUCACGGGAACGGCUCUUGCAUUUUCAUUGACACUCUUCAAUGCUACCGUGGACUUGAUAUCUUUUAGUAAUAUCUUAUAUGGUAUAUAUCCACCUCUUUUUAUUGUCCUUCUGGCAUACUCGCUUGGUGGAACAGCGAUCAGUGUCUUCCUUGGGAGGGGAUUGGUUACUCUGAACUUCUUGCAAGAGAAAAAAGAAGCCGAUUUCCGUUAUGGACUAGUGCGUGUUAGGGAAAAUGCUGAAUCCAUUGCAUUUUAUGGUGGUGAGGAAAAUGAGAUGCAACUCCUGCUGCAGCGGUUCAGAAGCGCAUUUGAAAAUCUCUCUAAAUUGUUGAUAUCUUCCAGAAAUCUGGAGUUCUUCACCAGUGGCUACCGAUACUUGAUCCAGAUUCUUCCCGCUGCAGUUGUUGCACCCAUGUAUUUCUCCGGAAAAAUUGAAUUUGGAGUAAUCAAUCAGUCUGUUUCUGCUUUUAAUCACAUUCUCGGAGAUUUUUCUCUCAUUGUGUACCAAUUUCAGGCUAUCAGUGCCUUUUCUGCUGUCAUUGACCGACUAGGUGAAUUUGAUGAUGUAUUAAGUAGUGACACCAGAAAUGAUGCUUGGAAUAUCCUUGCUGUUGGGACCGAUGAUCAAUAA